GCACACCUCUGCUGUCUACUCAAAAGGUAUGGACUCGUUGCCCAAUCAUCAGCUUCCACAAUUCCCAAAAUCCUAUUUUUUUAAUUCCCACAAAAUCCCAAUCUUAGAUAUUAGUUAAAGCUCUGAACUGCCCACUGAUUUUGGAACUCAAUAAAAAAGAUAAACCUUAAACCAUCAUUCCAUCACCUCCUUCCUUUAUCUUUACCUUCAAAAAUUCCUCCACACCCGUGAAAUUAUGGACCCAAAUUUGCCACGCCGGCUUCUGGCAACUGAGGCAGUGCAGGGGAACACCACGGCUAAUUCCUCGUAUUAUGUCGGGGAGAUGAACCUCGACGCUCACAUGGUGGUGAUUCUGGCGGCGCUCUUAUUUGCACUAAUUGGAGCUCUUGGUGUUAAUGCUCUUGUACGCUGCGUUUUGAGCCUCGGCUUCCGGUUUCGUACGGAGAGGCCGGAGGAGACGGCGGCGCGUUUGGCGGCGAUUGGGCUUAAGAAACGAGAACUCAGUCAGAUUCCGGUUGGGGUUUAUGGAAGUGAUUGUGCGAAAAUUAAGGGUACGGAUUGCGCGAUUUGCCUUGGGGAGUUUGAAGUGGGCGACAAGGUUAGAAUGUUGCCUAUUUGUAACCAUGGAUUCCACGUCAGAUGCAUUGACACGUGGCUGUUAUCUCACUCCUCUUGCCCCAACUGUCGCCAUUCGUUGCUGCUGCCACCGGUUAAAGGGAAACGAGACGCCGUUACUGUUUCGCCGGCGCCACCGCCGCCGCGGGGUUCUGCUUCAAGCCACGUCGUUGUGGUCGUAGAGGGUGGUGGCAAUUAGCCAAGCCACGGAUUGUUCUGAUAUUUCCUCGUGGAAGUGGCAGUGGCAGUGGCUGUGUCGUCGCAAUGGCGUUAGGUCUCCGGCGGUCAUGGAAAAUCACGGUACAUGCGAAGGUGAACAACCUUUAUAUCAAGUUCAAGGCCACCGUGAAACGUCCGUCGGGAAAAUUCCGAAGCCUUCUUAAUCUGGAUAAAUUACUCGUCGGACUGGAUUCCAAAUCGGAGCCUCGGAUCCUCGUUCAACAGCAUCGGACUUUGAAAUCCAGAAUAAUCAGCUUCGUAAAGAAACAUUUCCGGCGUCGCCGAUCAAAAACCGGUGUUGGCUUCAAAAUGCCGGAUCCAUACCUAGUUGAUGAAACUGAAUAUCAAUCUUGGCGUUUGGGUCGCGCGGAAUCAAGUUGCGUGGCUGUUUUUGGUGUCGGAUUGGGUUAUUUGCUUGCGGAAUUUGGCGCCAGCGCCGCAGUGAAGAGAGUUGGUAUCAUUCCUAGCUUGAGUUCCUUUUUACUUGUGUGCCUUGCUUUAUUUGUUUUAUUGUUCCACAAAUCCAAGUUUCUUUGGGCAAUGCUAAUGGCUGUGCUUUCUCUUUCACUGCUAGAAAUUGAUAGAUUUCUGGAACUUGUAGAUUUAGAGCAAUUUUG